AUGGCAAGUCGUCUGACUGAUAUUGCCGUAUUUGGGGGAGGCGGCUUCAUCGGAAGGCACCUGCUGCGAGCGCUCUUGCGACUCGCACCAGAGACCUCACCAGAAGCGCUUCGGAUUCGCGUUAUCUGUAGGAAUGCUGUCAAGGUGCGCGUCCAACUGGCAGUUGACUCGGAUCAGCGUCUACAGCAGGCGGUAAGAUCGUCCCAAAUAACGUUUGUUACCGCUGAUGUUACACAGGAGGAGCAGGUUCUGCAGGCACUGCGCCCGCUGCCGCAGAGCGUUGCGAACCUGGUGGGUCUGCUGUACGAGACCCCGCCAGAGCGAACGUUUGAAAAAGUGCACGUCAAAGCCGCUGAGAAUAUUUCAAAGGCUUUUAAACUGAACGAGCAGGCUGAACAUACGGCAAGCAGUGAACUAGAGCGACCGAUCAUGACGCAAGUCUCGGCGAUAGGUGCGGAUUUCACGGCUGUUCAUUCCGCGUACGCACGUUCAAAAGGACUCGCAGAGCAGGCUUUGCUGAGCCAUCUUGGAAAACAGGUCUUGAUUAUCAGGCCUUCGAUUGUGUUCGGUCCAGGUGAUCAAUUCUUCACGCGCUUUCGGGACAUGGCACGCUUUUCUCCCGCAUUGCCGCUGAUCGGAACCGGAGACACCCGUUUUCAGCCGGUCUAUGUGGAGGACCUGGCGCUGGCUCUAGCUCGCAGUAUCCUUCCCGCGGAGCGAAAGAAAUAUGUGGCCAUGGAAUCUAGCGCGGAAUCUUCAAUGGAUUCCGAACACGAACAGAUUUUUGAACUCGGUGGACGAGAUAUUCUGACGUUUCGGGAGCUUAUGGCUCGGAUGCUCUCUGUGAUGCAAAUGCGCCGUUUGCUGGUUCCGAUUCCUUUGAGCGUCGCCAACAUUCAGGCACAAGCAUCGGAGCUGCUGCACCGGAUGGUACCCAGUAUACCACCCAUGCUGACUCGCGAUCAGAUCGCGCUAUUACAGCGGGACAAUGUCGUCCAUACGGGUUAUCGAACGUUUCGUGACCUCGGCAUCGAUCAGCCCAGAGGAGUCGACGCUGAAACCCUCACAUAUCUUGCUGAACGCCGGUGA